AUGGUGAAAGCGACCCCCGGGGCGGAGAACAUCCGCGUCGUCAUCCGCUGCCGCGACAUUCUCCCGUACGAGGCGGAGCGCGGUGACAAAGCGCUCGUUCGGCUCGACCUGGCGACCAACCAGGUGGUGGUGCGACACCCCAUUGGGGACUCUGACGUGUUUGCGUUCGACGCUGUCUACAACAACUCCUUCACCCAGCGCGACAUCUUCCUGCAGGAGGUGCAGCCACUGGCGGACGCGGUGCUGCAAGGCUACAAUGCCACUGUCUUCGCCUACGGUCAGUCCGGCUCCGGUAAGACGCACACAAUGACGGGUAAGCUGAGUCAGCGGGACAUGUGGGGUAUGAUGCCACAGGUAGUAGACUACCUCUUUUGUGAAAUCAAGAAACUCACGUCGUCCACAAAGACCUUCAAGGUGAGGGUGUCCUAUGUAGAACUGUACAACGGCAAGUCGCGCGACUUGCUCGCCUCGAGGCAGGUAAACCUGGAGAUUAAGCAAAACAUGUUGAAGAACUUUUACGUUAAGGGUGCGGUGAUGCCAGAGGUGACUAGCUUUGAGGAGGCCAUCAAGUGGUUCAACGCCGGUACCGAGAGGCGGCAGACGGCCUCGACGGAUCUCAACGACACAAGCAGCCGCAGUCACUCUCUCUUCACAGUGCAGAUUGAGAACUUCGACUUUGAGAACGACCCGAGCUCGCCGAUCGUCAUGACGAGCAAGAUCAAUGUGGUCGACUUGGCCGGAUCGGAGAAGCUUAGCAAGACGAAUGCAACUGGCGAGACAGCGAAAGAAGGUUGCAACAUCAAUUUGUCCCUGUCCGCGCUGGCCACGGUGAUUGACACAAUCGUGAAGGGAGCAAAGCACAUCCCGUACCGCGGAUCGCCGCUGACGAUGCUGCUGAAGGACUCGUUGGGCGGCAAUGCCAAGACAGUUAUGUUCGCGAACAUCGGCCCGUCCGAUAAGAACCUGUCCGAGACGAUUUCGACCCUCCGGUUUGCACUGCGCGCGAAGCAGAUCGAGAACAAGCCCAUCAAGAACAUGGACCCGAAAGAUGCCCGCAUCCAAGACCUGAUGGAGCAGAUAGAGGAGCUUAAGAAGCGGCUGGGCAACGUGGACCUGAAUGUGGAGGACAACCUGCGCCAGCGCAUCGAGGAGCUUGAGAUCGAGAACUCCGACCUCCGUGGCGGCGGCGAGAAGAAUAACAUCGAGCUUGAGGAGCAGAACCGCUUCCUGCUGGCUCAAAUCGAGCAGAAAGAGAAGGAGGUGAUGGAACGGCAGCACGAGAUUCGCAAAGAGUCGGAGCGACGUGAGCUUGUGGAGUCGAACCUGUCGAAUGAGUCCAGCCGGCUGCGCGAUCUGCGGUUUGCCAAUAUCAACUUCCUCAAGCGUGUUUGCACCGAUGAGCAGCUGGAGCAGAUGCGGAUGCACAUGUCGCCUGACAAGGCAGCCAAGAAAAAUUCAGACGACUGGGAUGUGAAAGAGAUUGGCAUCUACCUCCAUGGCUUUGCCGAGCAGUACGAGCACUGGCGGAGGGUGACGUAUACGCAGGAGGACAUGGAGAAGUAUGCUCGGCGUGCGAUGGAAGAGCUGGAGAGGCAGACACAGCGACAGCUGAGCGACGCCGCACACGCCAAGGAGGACUUGCAGCGCCAACGGGACGAAGAGGCGGCGCGCCACACAGCUGAACAAGGCGCCACGUCGCAGCUCAAGGUGGACCUCAACACCCUGCGCGAAGAGAACGUGAAGCUGCGUGAGAAGAUCGAGCGCGACCAAGAGAAGAUCAAGGUGAAGCUCGCCAAUACGAAGGAAGAGAUGAAGACGUUGCAGGAUCAAGUCGAUGCGGCAAGGCUAAAGGUCACCGAGAAGGAGCGCGAAGUAAAGCGGCUGCGACUCAUGCUGGAGGAUCAGGGAGGUGCUAGCAUCGUUGGCGCCGCUGGCAGCUCACGCAGGUCGGUCAGCGCUUCUGGGCAAGACCCAGCGGGCUGGGGCAGUGGGGAGGAGCGUGCUGCUCUAAUGCAUGAGUUAGAGGUGGCGCGCCACGCCAAGUCUGUACUUGAAAACCGUAUCAAGGAGACGAACGUGUCGCUGCGCCGCUUUGGCGUCUGCAUUGCCGGCUCGAAUAGCCUCGAGAGCGCUGAGGCAGCCGCUGUAAACGAGGUGGAGGCGUUCAUUCUGGCGGCGGCCGAUGAAGAGCCGGUCAAUGGUGACAUCGUAGCGCAGUUGCAGCAGCAGCUCCGUGUAAAGCAACGCCUUGUAGAGCUCAUGCAUCAGCAUCAGAUGCAACUCAACGACAUGAUCUUCAAGUAUGAACUCCUCAAGACUGGGCGUGUCACGGCGAACUCGACGGCAGCAAGUAGCCCGGCCGCUGGCGCGCUUUCUGUCGGUGUCGCCCAAGGGGUGCCGGUCGAUAUAAACGGCGGUAGCGGCAUAGAUGAGGCCACCGCAAACCAGCUGAAGGAGCUGCUGCAGCGCAAGGAAGACCAGAUGGAGGCGAUGCAGCUGGAAAAGGACCAGGCCUGCGACAAGCUUGUCCGGAAGCUGAACAAGUCGGAGCGCAAAAUUCGGGAGCUCGAGUCUAUGUUGGCGGAGGAGCGCGCGCAGUUCACUGAGGAGAAGAUCGAGAGGGAGAAGGAGGUGGCCGAGCUGCAGAGCUACAACCAGCAGCUCGCCCUCGAACUCGAGAACGCGCGCAGUCAAGUCGAGCUUCUCAAGGCGGAGAUGGACAGCGCCGUGCGGGGCAAAGAAAGCGAGGUGGACUACUACAAGACCCAGGUGGAGGAGGCGAACCGGCGCCUUGACGCCAUCCGUAAUACCGCCGCCGAGUUCGAGGAGCAGCGCAAGAGCUACCAGAGACUGCAAGAGCAGGUGGCGCGAACAGAAGACGCGCUCGCCAUCAAGAAUGAGGAGCUGGAGAGCAACCGCCAGAUGGUGCAGUGGUCCAACCAGCAGCUCGAGAAGGAGAAGCAGAAGAACGAGGAGCUGGAGCAGGUGGUGCAGGACAAGCAGCUGGAGCUGCGCCAGCAGGAGCAGAACUUCCACGCAGAGAUGACAGAGCGGAUGAACGCGUUGGCCGCCAGUAACAACCGUCGCCUCGCUGAGAACGCCGCGCAGUGCGAGGAGCGCAUUAACGAAGAGCGCAUGAAGGAAAAGGCGCUGCAGAAGAAGCUCAAGAGUGCCAAGGCAACGGCCAGUAAGGCCGCGCAGCGCUACGACGAGAUGAUUCUGGAGAACGAGGCGCUGCGGUCGAAGCUGGAGGAGCUGAAGGUGGCCUCAAUGAAGCUGUACCUUGAGCGGCAGGAGGCUCAGCGCGAGCACGACGCAUAUCGACCAGGGAACGGCAUUCGGUCUCGCGGGCUUUGA